CUCCACCUUUAGAUCCCAAACUAUUCAUCUACUUAUAUUCAACACUGUGGAGGGAGUGAGAUAGUGAGAGCCCCCAAUUCAGCAACAAUGGCGUGCUCAGCUGGUGCUUCAGUGGCUGCUAUCGUCUCAUCCAAUCUCAACCCCAAAGCUUGUGUCUCUUCCCAAAACCCCGUUUCUCUGCGGCCCGUUGCCCUUCCUUCCUCGUUCGCCGGCAGGCCCGUCGUGUCGCGUGCCACUCGCUCUCUCCCUUCCGCGACCAGACGCCGGAGUUUGGUUGUUCGUGCCAGUGAACUUCCUUUGGUUGGAAAUGUAGCUCCAGACUUCGAUGCAGAAGCUGUUUUCGACCAGGAAUUUGUUAGGGUUAAACUCUCUGACUAUUUUAAGAAGAAAUAUGUUAUUCUCUUUUUCUAUCCGUUGGAUUUCACUUUUGUCUGCCCCACUGAGAUCACUGCUUUCAGUGACCGCCAUGCUGAAUUUGAGAAGUUGAACACAGAAAUAUUGGGUGUAUCUGUAGACAGUGUGUUUUCCCACCUUGCAUGGGUCCAAACUGACAGAAAGUCUGGAGGUUUGGGUGAUCUAGCGUAUCCUUUAAUUUCCGAUGUGACCAAAUCAAUUUCAAAAUCAUAUGGCGUGCUGAUCCCAGAUCAGGGAAUUGCUUUGAGAGGACUGUUCAUCAUCGACAAGGAGGGAGUUAUUCAACACUCCACCAUCAACAAUCUUGCUAUUGGUCGCAGUGUGGAUGAGACGCUGAGAACACUCCAGGCUUUGCAGUUUGUGCAGGACAACCCAGACGAGGUCUGCCCAGCUGGAUGGAAGCCCGGGGAGAAAUCAAUGAAACCAGACCCUAAGCUCAGCAAGGAGUACUUUGCUGCCAUAUAAACAGCUCCUGAUACCUGAUGUUAUUCGUUUUGUGUGAGAGAUGUCAUCGAAAACAUUUGUUGCGCAAAUUGUUUUUUAUUGAAUUCGAUGGAUUUCGCCUAUGUUUUCCAGUGACAUCAAUGUAAAACGCAGCAAGGCCGUCGCAUGUAUAAUGUUCCAUUGUCUUAUUGUUAUUGCCCAAUAAUGUAA